ACGGCAGCCAGUUCGCCCUUGUUGCUUGUUGUUCUGCUGUUUCUGUUGGUGGCUGGCUGUUUGUUUGCAAGCCGCCCUCUCGCGAUAUUUGCUGGCGCGUGUGUCAUUUCACGGUCAGGUCCAUCAAACCAUCUCCAUCCUUUUUCAGGCUGGGGGGUGACGGUUUGUUUUCAGGCGGCAUAUGAACCCGACGUUGUUGCGUGAUUGACACAGACCAUGGCCACCGUCGCUUCCAAGUCGCGCAGGCGGCAACGCAUGAGCGAGUAUGAGGCCAAGUACCACGAGAUGCGCGAGUUUGUACAACGGCUCGUGCUGGAGAAUGUGGCCUACAUGAAUCUGCUUCGCCAAACAGAGGACCAAACUCAGGAGGCCUUGACGCAGUGCCGUGUUUUGUUUGGAAGGCUGAUGCAGAAAGUCGAUCUCAUCUCAGAGGAAAAUGGCCACGUGCUGGACAAGGUUAUUCUCACAGUUGAAGGCGUGCCGUCGUUUGAGGCGCUGAUGGCUGCACCAGAGCCGAAGACGCCAUCCAGAAGCAAAAGCAGCAAGGCAGGGGCACCAGCAAAGGCAAAGUCGCCCGCAGGCAAAGCCAAAGCAGCGACAGCAUCAAAGCCACCACAGCCCAAGCUGUCGCGUGCGGCCGUGUUCCUGCAGGCGCAGCGCGGUCUCAGGCGAAAGGCGACGGCGGAGGAGGCAAGGAAGGCAUUCUACACACAACUGCAACAUGUGCUGGAUCUGCUUGGCGUCCCCGCGGCCGGCACCGAGCAGCCGCAGGAACAGGGCACAAAGGCGAAGCCAGCAGCAGCAGCAACAGCAACAGCCGGCACGCCAACGAGCAAAGGAAGGGCACAGCUGCGGCAGCCACAAGAUCAGGCAAAGCAAACGCAGGCGAACAGACCCACGCCUGCACGCCCAACGACCACAUCAGCCGCCACGCCAACGCCACCACGACAGUCGUCCUUGUCGGCGUCCUCAAGUGCCAAGAAGCGUGCAUCUGCAGUGAAGACAAAGCCAUCAGCACCCGCCAACUCAUCCGCAUCCACAGCAGCGGCAACAGCGUCAUCCAAACCAUCACCAGCCACGUCAGGAUCAGCACCAACAACAGCAUCGUCGUCGAAGCCGGUUCCAAAGAGUGGCACGUCUGCAACUGCAGGAAAGGCCGUGCCUGCAAGCAACCCUAAAGCAACGACGGGAGCAGCAGCAGCAGCAGCAAAGAGGUCGCCAGACGAAAAGAGUGGUGACUCGCAAUCCCCAGCAGCAGCCACAAAGGCAACAGCAGGGGAGCCGUCAGCAAAGCGCGCGAAGAAGACCAGCGACGUUGGCGUUAAGGCGGAGCCGGGACAGGCGCAGGCCAGUGGUGAUGUCAAGGAGGGGGGUACAAGGGGCAAAGGUGCACGUGCCAGUGCAGCGGGUCCUGUGAAGAAAGCGAAUCGUGCGAGCACAGGCGGUGGUCGAGGCGCCAAACGUACAGCAGCAGCGGCAGCAGCAGCAGCGACGGUGGUGGUGGCUGGGGACAAGGAGGAGACUGGAGGUGGUGCUGUGCAUGGUGGUCAGGUGAAGAAGACGCCAAAGAAGAAGGCAGCGGUAACACCGGCGUCAUCCGCAUCUGCUGCCACGUCCCCUGCGCGGCCAAGGAAAAAAGCAAAGGAAGAAGCCACGGAGGGUGCUGGUGCUGGCAGUGGUGGUGGUGGUGGUGGUGGUAAGGAACGCACCACCAAGCACAGCCUCCUCAUUCGCAAGGAUCCAACAGGUGCUGUGAUUCUGCCCAUCAAGAUGACCAAUGGCGUGAUCCUGGCGCUGGGGACGGUGCAGCACAACCGCAAGAAUUUCGAUUUUGACUGGAUCACGUAUCCUGUUGGGUUCAAAGCAGAGCUCACACUUCGGAACAGCCAGGGCAACCGCGUCAAAAUCCACUUCAGUAUUGAGGACGGUGGCGAAACCCCAAAGUUUGUCGCUGAGGUGCGCAGCAAGACGACGCCGGCGACCUUUGAGGAAAGCAGCCUCGAUACGCUCUACCGCGCCCUCCUCAAGAGCAUGAACCGGACGGCGAGUACAGCGACGAUUGCGCGUGCGCCAAAGAUGCUCGGUGUUGGCGAGGAGAACGUCAUUGCCCUUCUCAAGUCGCCCAGCCCGCUGCGAACGGUGGACGACACGGGGGAGCGGCGGCGGCGACAGGAGGAGGGCAGCAGGAGGAAGAGCAGCCAGCAGCAGCAGCAGCAGCCAGCGAAGAAGCAGCAGAAGCACACUGCUGCUGGCAGCACUGGGAGUGGCAAUGGUGGUGUUCCGGCAACUUCAUCGACAACGUCGGUACCGCCGUCAUCACUGCCGCCGCCGCUGCCCCAGCCGCAGUUUUCGCCACAGUGGACAGAUGGAGGUCCGCACACGCAUCCAUAUGCUGCCAUCAUCCCCGCCACCACGGCAGGCAUGGCCACCACGACCACAGCACCGCCAGCAGGGAUGGUGCCACAGGGUGCUAGUGGAUACUCGCACCUGUACCAGCAGCCGGCUGGCGUGGAUGCGCAGAGCGUGCCUGCUGGCGACACUCCCGGAAGUGAUACGGCCCAGCAGCAAGGCCAACGCGGGCAGCAAGCGGAGCAGCAGGGUGCUGACGGCCCCGUGAGUGUGCGGCAGGAGGGGUCGGUGCAGUCAGGGAGCGAGGCGACAAGUGGACGCGCCAGCGCGGCGACGGGCGCCCCGGGCAGCGGCAACGGCGAGACACACACGAGCAGCACGAGCGAAUCGAGAACAAGCGGUGGCAGUCGAUCCGGCAGCAGCAGCAGCGGCAGCAGCGGCAGCAGCAAUGAUGGCGGCGACAGCAGUGGUCAGCAGCCGACUAUGGCCGUGCCGCACUCAGUAAAUACGCAGCAAGACCAAACGUUGCAGCAGCAGCAGCAGCAGCAGCAGCAGCAGCAGCAGCAGCAGCAGCAGCAGCCGCAGUAUGCGUACAUACAGCAGUAUGCUGCCCAUCCAUUUGCAAUGCAUGCGGCGGCGCAGCAGCAGGGCCACCACCAGAUGAUGCACGGCAUGCCCAACACGACAAGCACGACGGCGUCGGCGUCGGCAACAAUGUCGCCCCCGCCGGCUAUGCAGCCCGUGUUUAUGAGCCCGACACACGGCCCCAUGCAGGGCAUGUACGGGUAUCCGGCGUAUGCGUCGCCGCCAGGAUACGUGAUGACGCCAGCAGGCAUGGUUCCGUAUGGGUACGCGCAGCCAGGGUGGGGCAUGGUGGGGGCGAUGCCCAUGCAAGGGUUCCCGCAGGGGACGGCCCAGACAGCUUCACCACAGCAGUUUGCAAUGCACCCACAGCAACAGCAACAGCAACAGCAGCAGCAUGAGGGAAGUGGUGAUGGUGUUGAUGGUGGUGGUGGUGAUGGUGGUGGUGAUGGUGGUGGUGUUGUUGAUGGGGUUGCAGCAGGCCAGCCUGGUCGGAAGACCAAGGACAAAGGCAAGAGCAAAAGGAGCAAGAAGGCCAGGGAGCAAGCAGAGUAGACCGGACGCCAGAGGAGAGAACAUGGCUUGUCGUUAUUUUGUUACACAGAUUGCUUUUCCCUCUGCUUGCCCGUCUGCCUUGCUUAUCGUCUGUACAAAAAGGCGCGCGUGUGCGUGACUUGCUGUCUUGUGGUGUGUGGUGUGUGAUUGAACAGUGAGGCCGCUCGCUUCCCACGGUAUGCCGUUGUACCACCAGCCAGCCAUCUCAGUUGACAUGAAG